AUGGGUUAUAGAAAGUCAAUAUGGGUAUCAUUGACGAUUGUUAUUACCGUGAUAAUGUCCGGGUUGAUUAGGAUUGACGCAGCUAAUGAACCUUCACAUGUGGAAUCGAAGGAAUAUAAUAAUGCUUAUGUAGCAGCUAUCACUUUACCGGAUAAUUAUCAAAUACUUGAUGUUCCAACUAAUCCAUCUUCAUUUGUGGAUUGUACAAAAGAACAAGACAAUCCAGUACAAUAUAAAUGUGAUUCAAGGGACAAUAAAAUUUUUUUUAUUCAAUUCACGGUAUAUUCAGCACAACCAGUUAAUUCAUCUUCAUCUUUUAGGGUAUAUAUUUUUGGAGAUCAAUGUAGUCAAAAACAAUUUUGUACUGAUCUUGCCAUUGAUGAUAGUAGAUCUGGUAAAAUAUCUUUGGGACCAUUAGGAAAAUGGCCAACGUAUGUGGUUAUUAUUGCAGCAGUAGUGCUUGGUCUCGUAAUAUUGGGAGUGGGAUAUUUAGUAUAUAGAAGAAAUUCAACGGCUCCUCCUUCAUCACUUCCAACACCACGUGGACGACCUAAAAAUACACUUUUAAAUAUUGAUGGAACAGAUAAUUCAGAAUUUAUUCCCCCAUCAAAUAAUUUUGAUAGAGCAAAAAGUAAGAAAAGAACAAGAGACAUUAAUACUAGAUCAUAUGAUCCUUCAGAUUCAAAUUCAUAUGAUCCUUCAUAUAAUAAUAAUAUGAAGAAUAAAGGAAGAAAUUCAAAAAAUAAACCAAAUGAUAGGAAUCAAACAGAAUUGGAUAUUUAUGAUGUUAAUUAUAAUACUUCUGAUGUACAAAGGAAAUUUUCAUAUAACACAAGAGAUUCACAGCAAAUGUUAGAUUUAUCACAUCCAGUAUCAUUAAGGACGCGAGAUAGAUUAUCGGAUGAAAGUAGAACAAAAUCAGGAGGAGGAUCUCGUCAAUCAGCUCAACGAUCUAAAGGUACUCCAUUAUUCCCACCUUCAUCAUUUCCACAAUCAACAUCUCCACCACCAUACGAAUUACAUCGUAGUGGUAAAUCAAGACAAGUUUCUGAUCAGUAUUAUGAUCAACAAUCCAUAAGAGAUCAUCAUCGUACAUCAGAUUUAUCAAAUCCACGAGAAAAUCGAGAAAGUCGAGAAAGUCGAUCAUCACCAAGAAAAUCGACAAAAUCGAAAAAGUCUAGAAAAAAACAUGAUAUAGAAUCAGAUACGGAUUCCACAAAUUCAUCAUCAAAUGAUAAUUUACCAUUAGCAAUAACUGUAAAUAAUUUACAAAAAGGAGGAUAUAAACAACGAAGGAGUAGAAAUAGUCAAUAUACCUAUGAAUCAGGAAGAAAUCAAUAUGAUUCAGUGUUAGAUGAAAUGCUUGGUACAUCAGAUUAUCAAGAAUCUCAAAAUUCAGAAAAAAAUAGUGAAAAAGGUAGUCAAAAAGAUAGAGAAGAAGAAUAUUCAAAUGAGAAACCAGAAAUUAUUAGUGAUGAUGAAGUUCCUAUAGGAAUUUUAAGGGCACAAUAA